AUGAGAGACAUGCUUGGGUCUGUGAUGAAGUUGUGGAGGAGAACGCUUCUCCUUGCUUUCCUGCUUGCAAACUGUACAUCGAAGCAAGGUAUUACUUUAUUUCCAUUUAUUUAAUUCAUUUUCAUUAUCUAUAUAAUGUUGUGGCCUCAAUAUAGAAAUUUAUCUCAAGAUUCAGAUCCUCGUUCACAAAACCUAUAUAUCACACUGGAGUUUGAUACAUAAUCUACCUCGGAAACUUUAACUGAUCAACUGGUUAUCGGGACAAAUGUUUAAAAAAAAUAUGAUGCGUUCAAGUCAUUUCUAACUGACUGAAACCUUUCAGUUGUUAAUUUCUGUUUGAAGCAGUUGUCUUCGGAGUCGAGUUUUCCGGUUUCCUCUUUUAAAAAAAAUCCAAAUCGUACUUGCCUUAAGGCUCAAAUUUUUAUUCAUAAACUAAAAGGCACGAUCACUAAAAAUGAUCAGUGUCCAGGAUUACCUUUCACUUUCUAACAUAAUAUACCAACUACGCUAAGUUUUCCUGUCGAUGGAAAUCAUCACGAGAAAGGUGAAAUACAACACCUGAAAACUUAUAUGUAAAAACUUUAUCGCACUAAUCUUUUUAAUUAAAACGAUCUGAAAUGACGGCAUUAUACUUGGUAUAGAAAUGCAUAUGAAAAGUCUUUUUUCUAGAUUUUAAUAAAAUUCAAGAAACCCCGCUUUGCGAUAUUUGACACAAUCAUAUCCAAACACAGAAGCUUAAGAAAACUGCGGUAGCUCUCAAGAAGAAAUUAUCUCUUGACGUUUGAGGCGACACUGACAUCCCCGCAAUUUUCCUGCUAUUUUGAUAAAAUAAACAUUGUCAUCUCUGCCAACUUUCCCAAAACGUUAUCAAAGGUGGAUUUUUGCAAUGACCAAUUCGGCAAUCCAACUGAAUUGAACAAUCGGCGAAAAUAUAGCGGAUUGCGACGCAGUAUUUUAAAAGAUGUCUUUUUCUCUUCAACCCUUUCAAUCCCAAGAUCUGCUUGUUAAUUCUCCCCUCUAGCUGCUACACAUUUCCUUGUAAAUUAGUGACGAGAAUUUGGUGUUAGAUCAAGGUAACAAAUUCUGCCCGACACAUUUGAGUUUUCUCAUUACCUGUUUGCUGGAUAGUGCAUGGGCAUUGUAGGGGGAAGUUAUUAGUUAAUCACUUCUGGGAGUUAAAAGGUUCACUCGGAAAAUAAAAAUUGGAAACAGCUGAGAGUGAAUCGGAGCCGCCAGGCUAAUAUUUACAUACAAGAGACGUGAAACCAACAGAAACGCGACAGACCAACUUGGAAUUUGAUUCGUAGUCAUAGCAAUUUCAUCUUGAUUACUGACAAAAUUUUCGCCGUUAUUGAAAAUACUUAGCAUGAUGUUUCCGCACUAACAGUUACUAGACCGACAAAGAUGAAAUUAGACAAGUCCUUGUUUCGAAAGUUUUAGCUUUAAUGUCAAGAUAAAACAUCAAUUCAAUGAUCGUUACGCACCUGACCCGGUUGAAAAUAAAUGACACCGUGUACGCAAAACUAUAUGCAAAUCAACUUUCCGACACCGAAAGCUUACAUCAGUGAAGCUUGUACAUACCAUCAACGAGUUUUUCGAGCACAGUUGAUGGUCUUCCGGUUCGCGAAAUUUCCUAGGACCGAGUUCACGUGAAAUGUUCACGACAAAUGUCAACAUCUUGAAGAUUUGAUAUAAGGGACUCUGCUGCAGUGACUCAGUUGCUAGUCAUCUUUUUUUUUUGGUCGUUUUUAUCGGCAGAAAACAGAUCAAACAUGUCAAAGUCACUGACCCACUGACUAUAACGAUUAGAAAAGCCUUUAUUGACUUAAGAUAAAAAUUACGAAGAUAACGACGAUUGUUUUUUCAUGUUUAAGCGAUAAAAAGGGAGAUAGGCCAAGUGCGGCUUUGACUAUUUUGAUAGAAUUAAAAGAAAUAAAAAAUAAACUACAUUUUCGAAAGAAAAAACGAGCUUACAACGAUGAAAAUUUAUAACUUCAGUCCCCGCUCCUUUGGAAAAAGGAAAAAAAAGCACAAAUACUUUUUGUUACGUCUACGGAGGUAAAAUAAUCAACACAGUCCCAGAAAUUUGGAAUCAAUUCGUCACUAAAUCGGAAGCAUCCGUUUAAAGUUUCCUACGAAUUUUUAGUAAGAGUAAUAUGGCUGAGUGGUGUCCAAUUAUUUUUUAAUAAUACGAUUGAUAACAAAAUUGGACGACCGCGCAGCGGGAGUCCGAUUUGCUUAUCACGAGUAUGAUUACAGACCUAAUUGGACGACAGGAAGUCUUAUUACCAGUUAAUCAUAAAAAUUACAAUUUCCGAGAGAAGAAGAAUAGCCAAGUUAUGAAAGAAAGGGAAAAUUUGCAUUCAAAGACUGACAAAGUCCGAUCGGUUGAUUUAAACCACAACUUCAAAUGUGAUUGGUUGAUAAAAACUAAAACUUUGGAUGAGAUUGGCUUAUUGGAAGGUCCGAUAAGAAACUGUCCAAACACAAAAAAACGUGUCUUUUGACCAUCACAUAAGUUCCAAAAAAGACAUUUUUUCGUUUGCAUACAACCUCGACUACACGCUUUAAAUAAACAGAAGGGAACUCAAAUCUUAUUUCUCAUUUAAACAACAGAGCGAUGUUCGGUUUAAUGACCCCCUUUUAAAAGGAAGGAAGAGUAAAUAAACGUUAGAACGUCAAUAAAUACCUCGAUGGCUGACUCGGAAAAUACUCGAACACUUCAAAUUUCUUGUCACUGAAUAAAUUAGUGACUUAACCGCCACCUGUCUCUUACAGGUUUUUAACUUGUUAUGAAGAACUAAGAUGCAUAUUGAACGUAAUAAAGCUGUCAGCAAGGCAAAUCAAGUUAAAAAAACUUGCCACCUGUCUCUUACAGGUUUUUAACUUGUUAUGAAGAACUAAGACGCAUAUUGAACGUAAUAAAGCUGUCAGCAAGGAAAAUCAAGUUCCAAAAAACAAUUCGCCUCUACAACUUUGCCGAAAAUUUCACCAUCGAACGAAGAUCAAGCUUGUUUUUUUGAAGAAGUUAUGUAAUGUUAUGCGCUUGCUUCCUCUCAUGUCGGCGAUCGGUACGUAAGGGCAUGUUUACUUCAGUCGUUGAUUUUCUUUCAUUAAUUUUUUCAGUAGCUUAAGUGCUUCCGCCUAGAAGAACGAAAAUUAAUUCUAUAUUUUCUAUACUUUUUUCAUUUUAUUUUUUCAUCAAAACAAAAUUUUAAUAGUUGCUGUUGCUGUCUGAUACCCGGGGAUUAAAGAGAAAGGAAGAUUUGUCGGACUGACGCUAUCUGGUAGCUGAUGAGCAAGUCUGAUUUCCCCAUAAAACUGCAUAUCCUUUGAAAUACGUGGGAUGCGAAAAGCCCCUGAAGGAAAGUACCAAAAUUUGGAGCUGCUUUGUUUGCAAAGAAAUCGCAUUAAGCCCGUCCUUUCUCCUGCUGGUGUUCACGUGAUUUACAGGAGCACACGCAUGCUUUUUGAACCCAAACUGCAAAUGCACCGAAUUUCACUGAUAACAACCCGUGUGAGAACACUGUUUGAAAACGACUUUGAUUGAUUCAGUGAAAGAUUAUGAACGAAGUAAACAAACUCAUUAUGCUCUUCUGUGGGGUCGGACUAAGCAGGGGGUUUUGCAGUUGCCAUGGCGAACAGCCGUUUGUCAUUGACAGCAUAUCGUAAAUGAAAUUUUGCCUCUCAACUGGCCGAGAGAGUAAUAAUUCCUAAUAACAGUACGUUCGUCUACUAAUCUGCUGUGGUUAAAGAAGAGUACAGGAUGACAGAAAACAGAAACAAAACCCCAUACGUUCGUAAAUUUAACACCAUCUAUAUGAUGUCUGUCUUGGAAAAUUAUUACUUUUAAAAUGAGGAAAUUAAGACAAAUAUGACUUCUCAGCUCAUGACUUUCCCGCGCUCGGGUCCAUUGUUCAAUCGACUUUUUCUAAAUAAAGAUUACGACAGAAGCAAUCUGACAACUUUUACUCGUCUUCCUUGACAGAAAGGUCGUCACAAACACAAGGACAAAAGCUCCGCUGUUACAAAUGUUAUUCACCAGAAUCAUGGAGUAACUGCCGAGAAAAUCUAACAGCAGUUGAGUGCACUCGCCAAGGAGACAUUUGUUAUAAGAUUAAGCGAACAAGGUGGGUUAGAUCCGAAACAGAAAAACUGGAAGUGAGUUACGCCAUGGGUUGCAAUGUUCCUGAAACAUGUUCAGGCGAGGAAUGCAAAGAACAUGAAUGGCACUGUGACCUCUCUUGCUGUAACACAGACUUCUGUAACGGAACUGUCCGAAUGCCAGGAACCUUGUUUUUUAUCAUCGCAUCCUUGCGUUUCUCAUUCGAAUUCAUAAUUUAUUUUUAG